UUCUAUGUAAAACCUUCCACACGGCUUCUCCAACCAUAUGAUGACUUUUACAAUAUUUUUUUCACAGAAGAUGAAGGGUAAAGAUCUGAACAAUAUUAAUCCUACAGAGACAUAUGUGAGGGGUGAUGAGCAGAGUAUAGAGGACAUUUCUGCAGAUAACAGCCCAGAUAACUGUGCCACAAGCUCAAAGGAACAUCUUAUAUCUUCAGAUUUUACAGAAAAUGAUUGUCGCAUCACCGAGGACACAUUUGAAGAGGAUACAGUUGCCCCACAUAUACCGGCCUCAACCUAUCAUAGCAAGAAUCUAUCAUCCGAUCCUUUUCAAUGGAUCCGAUCUUUUGAUUCAUCACAGACUACUAAGCAAAACAAAGAUCAACAAUGGGUUGAACAUCCAAGAACUCACACAAGAGAGAAGCCAUAUUUGUGUUCACAUUGUGGGAAAUGUAUUAUCCAGAAAUCAGAUCUUAUUAAAUACCUAAGAUUUCACAUGGAUGAAAAGCCAUUUCCAUGUUUAGAAUGUGGGAAAUGUUUUACCCUGAAAUCAGCUCUUGUUAUUCAUCAGAGAAUUCACACAGGAGAGAGGCCAUAUCCAUGUUCAGAAUGUGACAAAUGUUUUACUCACAAAUCCGCUCUUAUUGCACAUCAGAGAAUUCACACAGGGGAGAAGCCAUAUUCAUGUUCAGAAUGUGACAGAUGCUUUACUUAUAAAUCAGCUCUUGUUGCCCAUCAAAUAACUCACACAGGGGAGAAGCCAUAUUCAUGUUCAGAAUGUGGGAAAUGUUUUACUAAUAAAUCAACUCUUGUUACACAUCGGAGAUGUCACACAGGGGAGAGGCCAUUUUCAUGUUCAGAAUGUGGGAAAUGUUUUAGUCAGAAAGCAGUUCUUGUUACACAUCAGAAAAUUCACACAGGAGAAAAGCCAUUUUCAUGCUCAGAAUGUGGGAGAUGUUUUACUCAAAAAUCAACUCUUCUUACACAUCAGAGACGUCACACAAAGAAGAAGCCAUUUUCAUGUCAGAAAGAGUAAUGUAUUAAUUAGUGUUGAGAGAAUCUGGACUUUGAUUUGAAUUUCAGGGCAGCUCGAUUAGUAGCGAGACCCAGUUUCCUUGUGCUUUGUGAUAUCGAAUCAAUUUUCCCUCAAAUGGUGUAGAAAAACAUCCAUUUAUUUGCGAUGGACUGGUCGCUGCCAUCUUGAUUGAAGAUCUCGCAAGAAAUCCCAUGUACGGUGACGUAUGACGUCAUCAUGGGCCAAGCAAGAUUUUUGCCAGAUCUUCAAUCAAGAUGCCGGCGGCCAGCCUGUAGCAAGCAAAUGGAUGAGGUAAGUAUGAUUAAAUUUUUUAUUUUACACUGUAUUAUUACUUUCAGGUGCCUACUUAUAAAGAAAUGCACUUCACGACAAAGUAAUUCGGCACAAAGUAAAUUGUUUUGUACAAUUCAGUAAAGCAGCCAAAUCGGAUUUUUGAAUUCUUAUCUCUACUAUUAAUACAAAUGAAAUCUUGUUUCCUAUCCGACAUGCACAGGUGAGAGGCCAUUUUUGCAUUCUCAAUGUUUUACCCAUAAACUACAUAUUUUUAAACAUCUCAGAAGUUGAUAUAAGUUUUAGUUACAGUCAAAGUAAAUUCAAGUUAGGCUGCAUUUACAUAUGCUUUGUGAGCUCCGGCAGUCUGAUUCGGUGGAGGAACAGACUGUUGGAUUUCACUGUAUCUGGCAGUGUGCUACCAGUUCCCCAUUGACUAUCUGGAUAUGGCAGGCUGUUCCUCCACUGCAAUAAAUGUUUGUUAUCCCAAAACUGACUGAAUCCAGAUAACAUAACUAUAGAUCCACUAUGUGCAAAAAAAUAUUUCAUAUGAACAUACUUGUUAAUAAACGUUUGCUGUUAAAACUUC